AUGAAGGCUAUCACAUUGCUGCUUACUGCAUCCUCGGUGUCUACUUUAGGGCUUGUGGAAGCUACCUUACCAAAAGUAAGAGGCGUCCCACCAAGUAAGCAACAUUUGUAUGAGCCAAGCUCCAAUGGAACGUGGAAAUGCUUGAAUAGUCAAGAUAUAGUUCUCAAUUAUAGUCAGAUCAAUGAUGGCAUAUGUGACUGUCCUGAUGGUUCAGAUGAACCAGGUACUGCCGCAUGUGUAGAUACCUUAGAGUCACAAUUAUUUUACUGUGAAAAUGAAGGUUUCAUUCCUCGAUUUAUUCGAGGUACAUUUGUAGAUGAUGGAAUAUGUGACUGUUGCGAUUGCUCUGAUGAAAGUAAUUUACAUGGUAAUACCUGUGGAACCCUUCGUGAGGUCUUUGAAGACAUCGUACAAACAGAAUUAAAGAAAUUUGAAGAAGGAAAAGUAGAAUUAAUUCAAUUAAUGAAAACCUAUGGUAUUGACAUUUCUGAUAAAGAAAAUGAUGAAUUGGUAAGCAAAAGAAACCGUGAUGUUGAAAUGGCAGUCUUGAAAGAUGAUAUUGACCAUUUAAAACGUGAACAACUCAGAAAUGAGAUGAUUUUAGAUCAAGAAAGGGAAAAUCUUCUAAAUAGGUUGCAAAUGGAAAAUCCAAUACUUUAUCAAUUUGAAAAUAUUGAUAUGACAUUAAUUUUAAAUACGUUGAAAGAAUACUACCACAAAAUUGCGAAAAUCAGUGAUGCGUACACUGAUUUGACAGAAGUAUUAAUUGCGUUAUCUAAAACUUAUACUAGAAGUCUAAAUGAUAAAGUUGUGAAUGAGAACGUCAAAAUUUUUGAACAAAAAUUCUAUUCUCGUGAAUUAGAAAAGAUUGCAGCAAAUGGUAAAGUUGAUCUGGAGCAAUUAGAUCAAUUGAUAGUUUAUUUUACUGAUGAGUUACCUAAUAUAUUUUGGGAGCGUAAAUUUGACAAGCCAGCUGAAUAUGUCCAAAAUAAGGUAAAAUUUGUUUACGCAUUAAUUGAUGGUAAAGUAGUUUAUACGGAGACUCUGAAGAAUCUGAUUAAUAUAUUUUCCAAGAAUAUGGAAGAUAUCAGUGAAAAUUAUAAUGUGAAUUUCCAAGACAGUGGUGUUAUUUCCGCCGUCAAUGCUUACAGAGAAUAUUCAUCAAAAUAUGACGCCACAUUGAAAAGGGCAGCACUAGAGUUACCAUCCAAUUUCGUACAAGAGAUGGAGAAAUUGGUGAAUUUGGUUGAGUCUCAUGCGGAAACCUUAAUCCCUGAAAAGACAGAAGAGGAAGUAGGUCAAUUCAAUAAGAUUCUUGGUUACGUCAAUAAAUUUGGAUCAACAAAGUUAGAAUCAUUGAGGGAACAGACCAACGCUCACAGGAUGGAGGUAGAAAACUUACAAAAGCAGAUUGAUUCAAAAAUGAAUAAAUAUGAUCAAUUAUUGAAUGCUUCAAAAGAGGAAAACAUCGGUGGAACUUCACAAGAGGAUAUGAUUCCCUUAGAACAAAUUAAUGAAUUAUUGGAAAAGAUGGGUGAUUCAUUCAAAAUUGGACAAUUAUUGGAUAAUUACAGAUAUGAAAUUUCAUUGAAUACCCAAGACAAUAAUGGUGACAUAUAUCAGAGAGAAGAUAGGACGAAUGGAAACAGUGUCAAGAUUGGUCAUUUGAAAAGUGUAUCGUUUGACAAAAGAUACAAUCUGCAUAAAUUUAUAGACGACGUAAGGUUAAAAUAUUCUGGAGACAACAUUAUUCAGCAUUUAACCAGUGAUGAAGCCACACUUGGUGACCACAGUUACUUAUUUGGUAACUUACAAGAUAUCAAUAAUGGCCUUGUUUUCGAAUAUGUUAAUGGAGAUAAAUGCUGGAAUGGACCAUACAGAAGUGCAAAAGUGUCUAUUAAAUGUGCAAAAGAUUUUGAAAUUUUUAACGUGCAUGAAAUUACAAAAUGCAACUAUUUAAUCGAUGCCGCUGGUCCUAUCGGCUGUAAUGUCAAUUUCAAAUACAUGCCUCAUGAAACACGUUAA